AUGCCGCUCAGGGAACUGUUGGGUCUUGUCUUAAACGUUGUGUCUUUGAAAGAACAACUUCCAACAUUAGAGCAAACGAAGAUAAAAAAGGAAGCACUCGAGAGGCACCUGAAGCUGGAAACACUGGGUAUGACAGUGAGGCAGUCAAACACUGAAAUCAAGCUUGAGCCGAGCAGUGAGCCAAUCAAUGAAUCAGAGAACGGAGAGGUUAGAUCCAAAUCAACUCUUGCAGAUACCCAGAACCAGACAGGGCGCAAGCCAGAUUUCACAGUGGAGCUCGAGAUGGCUCGGUGGUGA